GAGAUAUACAUUAUAUAGAUUCUUGAACAAGUGGGCUGGUGGGUUUCGUCAUGAUACCAUGAGCUCAGUAGUCAAUAUUUGUAGUUAUGUUAAGGUUCGAAGUAUUCCAUUUUCAGUUUGAUUUUGAUCAUUCUUUGACUUCUCUCUGUCACAUUGACUGAGAUGUAUUGGGUCAAUGAAUGGUUGGUGGAUCCAUUUUUUUUAGUAUAUAACAGCUUCAUUAAACUUGAGCUUUUCAUUUUCAUCUCUAGUUUUGACCAUUUUCAUGGCAAUGGUGUCUCAAAUUCAAAACAAGGCUUUACAAAUAGUUAUAAUUUGUUCUGUUCUGCUUGUUACUGUUAUUUCUGCAGAACCGAGCUUAGAAUCUGAAAUUGAGGCAUUGAAUGCAUUCAAGAAUGCAAUAGCUGAUGACCCUCUUGAAGCACUUGCUAAUUGGACAGAGGCAAGCCAUCACUGCAACUGGUCUGGUAUUGUCUGCGAUUCUUCCUCAAAUCGCGUCAUUUCCAUUUCUCUAUUUGGGAUGCAGCUGCAAGGGAAAAUAUCUCCAUUUCUUGGAAACCUUUCAGCACUACAGGUUCUUGAUUUAACUUCAAAUUUAUUCACUGGUCAUAUUCCACCUCAGCUGGGACUUUGCUCCCAGCUGAUUAGUCUCUCUCUUUAUCAAAAUUAUCUGUCGGGUCCGAUUCAUGCAGUAUUAGGAAACCUUCAAAAUCUGCAGUAUGCAGAUUUAGGUAGUAAUUUCUUGAAUGGAAGCAUUCCUGAAAGCAUUUGUAAUUGCACCUCCUUGCAAGCGUUUGGUGCCGAUAAUAACAACCUGACUGGCACAAUACCUACAAACAUAGGCAACUUAGUUAACUUGCAAAGUUUUGUGGUACAUGUAAACAACUUAGUGGGUUCAAUACCUGUUUCCAUUGGAAAGUUGCAAUCUUUGCAAAUUUUACAGCUUGCUGCAAAUCGCUUGUCUGGAGAAAUACCUAGAGAAAUAGCAAACUUGACCAACUUAGAGUACCUUGUAUUGUUCAAUAAUUCCUUUGUCGGCAAAAUCCCUUCUGAACUAAGUCACUGCAAGAAGCUUGUCAAUCUUGAACUAUACAGCAAUCAUUUCACUGGAGCCAUUCCCUCAGAGCUCGGAAAUUUGAGGCAAUUAGAAACAUUGCGAUUGUACAAAAAUAGGCUAAAUUCCACAAUUCCUCUCUCCUUAUUCCAGUUGAUAUCAUUAACCAAUUUAGGUCUCUCGGAGAACCAGUUAACUGGAGUAGUACCUCAUGAGAUAGGAUUUUUGAGGUCAAUGCGGGUGCUGACACUACAUUCAAACAAGUUUACAGGGGAGAUACCUUCAUCGAUAACAAACCUGACAAAUUUAACAUACUUGUCCAUUAGCAUGAAUCUCCUCACAGGAAAGAUUCCAUCAAAUAUAGGUAUGCUUUACAAUUUGAGGAACCUUAGUCUAAGCUCUAACCAUCUUGAGGGAUCUAUUCCUUCUAGCAUCACCAAUUGUACUAAGCUUUUAUACAUAGAUUUAGCUCAGAAUAGACUUACUGGGAAACUCCCCUGGGGUUUGGGACGGUUGCAAAAUGUAACAAGACUAUCUGUUGGACAGAAUCAACUAUAUGGGGAAAUACCUGAUGACAUUUAUAACUGCUCCAAUCUUGCUCUCUUAAGUUUGGCUGAGAACAAUUUUAGUGGAUUGCUAAAACCAGGGAUUGGUAAGCUCUACAACCUCCAAACUUUGAAAGCCGGCUUCAAUUCAUUUGCGGGGCCCAUUCCAUUACAGGUUGGCAAUUUAAGUCAACUGAUUACUUUAUCACUUGCCGGCAAUAAGUUUCCAGGCCCCAUUCCACUAACAUUAUCCAAGCUUUCUCUCCUCCAAGGGCUUUCCUUGCAAGACAAUGCUCUAGAAGGUGCAGUUCCUGAGAAUAUUUUUGAACUGAAACAUUUAACUAUUCUCAUGCUGGGGCUUAACAGGCUCACAGGUCCAAUUCCAGCUGCUGUCUCAAAACUUGAAAUGCUUUCGUACUUGGACCUGCAAAGCAAUAUGUUUAAUGGGUCCAUUCCUACAAGUAUGGGACAUCUCAAUAGGCUCACAUCGCUUGAUCUCUCUCACAACCAUCUGACAGGAUCAAUUCCUGGAUCCGUGAUAGCAGGCAUUAAAAAUAUACCAAUAUUUCUCAAUUUGUCACACAAUUUCUUGGAGGGAAAUAUUCCAAAUGAGCUAGGAAUGUUGGAAGUUGUUCAAACCAUUGAUCUCUCAAACAAUAAUCUCUCAGGAACCAUUCCUGAAAGACUUGGAGGUUGCAGAAAUUUGUUCUCUCUUGAUCUGUCAGGGAACAAACUCUCUGGUUCGAUUCCUGCUAAAGUUUUCAGUCAACUGAAUGUGCUUACGAGCAUAAACCUCUCCAGAAAUGAUUUAGAUGGUCAAGUCCCUGAAAGCUUGGGAGAACUGAAACAUCUAUCUACCCUUGACCUGUCUCAGAACCAGCUGAAGGGCAAAAUACCUGAGAGCUUUGCUAAUCUUUCUGCCUUGCAACAUCUGAAUCUUAGUUUCAAUGAACUUGAAGGCCAAGUUCCUAAGACCGGCAUUUUCAAAAACAUAAACACUUCCAGUCUGAUUGGAAACCCUCAUCUCUGUGGGACCAAAUCUCAAAGACCAUGCAGCAGGAAGAGUUCACAUUCCUUAUCCAAGAAGACAAUGUGGAUUCUCAUAUCACUUGGAGUGGUUUUCAUGCUUCUCAUUCUAGCGGUAGUGAUUUCAUUACUCCUCCAACGUGCCAAAGACAAAAACCCUGGAUCAGAAAGAAUUGAGAAUGUAGAACCAGGAUUUGCUUCAGCACUGAAACUCACAAGGUUUGAGCCCAUUGAAUUAGAAAAUGCUACUAGUUUCUUCAGCGAAGAUAAAAUAAUUGGAGCCAGCAAUUUGAGCACUGUUUACAAAGGUCAAUUAGAAGAUGGACAGAUUGUAGCAGUAAAGAAACUGAAUUUGCAGCAGUUCCCUGCAGAAUCUGACAAGAGCUUCUACAGAGAAGUCAAAACAUUGAGCCAGCUGAGACACAAGAAUCUAGUUAAGGUACUUGGCUAUGCCUGGGAGAGCGGUAAAAUAAAGGCUUUAGUUCUGGAAUACAUGAAUAAUGGGAGCUUGGAGAGCAUCAUCCAUGAUCAUCAUGUUGAUCAAUCAAGGUGGAUUUUAUCUGAGAGAAUAGACAUCUGUAUUUCGAUUGCAAGUGGGCUGGAUUACUUGCAUUCUGGUUAUGACUACCCCAUUGUUCACUGUGACUUGAAACCGUCUAAUGUUCUGUUGGAUAGUAAUUGGGUUGCCUAUGUGAGUGACUUUGGAACAUCCCGAAUACUAGGGGUUCAUCUCCAGAAUGGCAGUAGCCUUUCAUCAUCAUCAGCUUUUCAAGGCACCAUAGGCUACUUGGCACCAGAAUUUGCAUACAUGAGGAAGGUCACAACUAAAGUAGAUGUAUUCAGCUUUGGGAUUUUAGUAAUGGAGUUCCUGACGAAACGAAGGCCAACAGGACUGACUGAAGAGGAUGGACAACCAAUCAGUCUAACUCAACUCAUUGAGAAAGCCCUUAGCAAUGGCAUCAAUGGACUUCUUCAAGUUUUAGAUCCUUUGGUUGCCAUGAACGUGUCCAAGGAGGAAGAAACAAUAAAAGAGCUCUUAAAGCUCGCCUUGUGCUGUACCAACCCAAAUCCUGAUGAUCGACCCAACAUGAAUGAGGUGUUUGCUUCCCUCAAGAAGCUAAAAAGUGCAAGAUACUGAACUUCUGCAGUGCAUACUAAGAGUGGGAAGAAUACCUGCACUACAGACUCAAUUGCACAUUGUAUUCUGAAUUUUGUUCAAACGCUUGUCAUGUUUUGAAGAGGGAAAUUGAGCCAAAAAUUCGAUCUCAGUAACUUUUGUGGGCAGUGAAUCAAAGCAAAACUAUUAAUAUCUUGUUCAGAAAAUAAGCAUAAGAUUAAGAAUUUCACAAAUAUGCACAAUAACCAAUGAGCGAAGAGAAUUUUCUCUUUGGAGUACUGUAUGCGAAAAUAUUUCCAUAAUCUGUUGGACGGAAGAGGAGGAGAGGACUUUUGAUCAAGAGUGUUUUUCUAUAUGUAUUUCAAUUGUCAACACCAUAGACUUUUAUAGUCAUGCAAAUACAUAGCUUGGAAACACCAAAAGG